AACGUAAAAAUUGAUACCUUCAAGUUUACUUCUACUUAGUAUUUUUCGUCUUAUACCCCCUGUCUAGUUAACGUUGUCAUUUCCUUCCCACCAAAUCCGCAAACCUCUUUUAGCUGUUUACGUGCUGUACUGACGGCGCGACGGGAUGUCUAUUUUUGGCACAUUCAUGUGACGAAGUAAGAUUUGUAACCCUAUUUCCUUCCACCCAGCUCCCCGUUGCUGCCACCCCCACCCUCCUUCUGUUCUUAUUUUUUAGUAUCGAAAUCCGUACAAGACUAAUCGCUGGAUCCUCCAGCUACCAGUGCAACUUUCCUUGUACUUCUUCUACUACGUUUUCAAAGUAAACUACGUUUCUCUUUCUGUCCACUCCUAUUGAGAAGGGUGAUCCCUAUCAACCAUCCAACGUGAACAAGGCCUCCUCCGACUACCAUGGUGUGUUUUUGUAACACGACGUUGGAGACGAACGUUCACUCGGGUCAGCCAUGGGAUGCCCAGGUCUCACCCGUACUUGUCGGGCAUUACUUUUUUUCUUCGAAUUUCGAUUCCGGCAAUGGAGGUCGCUUUGUCAGACACCGCAAGCAACCAAUUGCGGGUGCUGACAAGAGUCUUAUGGAGCAUGAAAAGUCAGAAUGUAAGUAGCUUCUUAUAUUUAAAGAAGACGAAUGGUCGUGAUCAUGUUCUCCAAAAAAGAACAGAGUUUCGCUGAGAAUACUGAAACCGUAUCAAACUAUAUUUAUCUCUCGGUCUCUCGAUUUUGUCGCUGCAAUGUCCAAGUGGUCAACCAUGAGCUGCUCAUGGCGAUAUCGAUAAGAUGAAAUUUUUAUUGACUCUAAUUCCCUCUGACUCUAAUUCGUGACCCACUGACUCUAAUUCUCUCUGGGUAUGGAAAGAGACAACAUCCACCAUCGAGAACAAUGCAACCUCCUGCGGAGACCCAUCCAGCAGUGGCCCGGGUCCAGGGAACGAGGCGGAAGAUAACUGCGAGUACUGCGAUGACCCAUGGGAGUAUCAUGUUUGGGUGUCACCUGAUUGCGCCAACACAGCGAACCAGUCAACGUGUCGCACGUGGUUUCAUUUCCGAGUACAAGCAGCGCAAAAAGAAGGAUUGAAUGCUGCAGGUAUAAGUACUACUAAAAUGCAGGUUGUAGCUACUAGAAUUCGUGGAAAUAUGAUUAAUCUGCCAUCAUAGACGACCACGACCCUUGUGUAGGAAAGACGUAUCAUGUAACAUGGACUAUUCUUCUACUUGCUUCUACAGUAGUUGCUUAUGACGAAGGUAGAGGCACAACUACCUGCACUCUUCCUCGAUAUCCUUUUCUUUCUCAGGUGUGCAUCCGAUUCACCUGGUGAUACGGGGAAUGCAGAAUCAGGGAAGGUUGUAUCGAGAAAACUAUGGUAUCUGGAUGCGCGUGCCCGAGGGGCCAUGGCAUCGCGUUCCGGACAUGUCUCGCUUGGCCUCGACAACGGACCCCCAAGGUGCGGCGGCGGCUCGCGCUGCUACGGAGGCGGGAACAGCGGGAACAGAAUCGACGUCGAAGACAGCACAGGUGAGCGACACGCCGAACAAGGGAAUCGAUCACAAGCUCGGCCGAGAUCCGAAAAAGGGAAGAGGGAGUGCACGAAGGUAGAUCAUGGUGGUCCUUCUAGUAGAUUUUAUUAUGUUACUUCAUCAACCCACUGAUCAUGUUUUAGGUUGUCGAUGCGCAAUUGAUUUCAUCUGAUCAUGCUCAUGAUGCAAUACCUGAAGUUUUUUAAGGAAAAUUUUUUAAGUCACAAUUUCUCCUCAUAGCACAAAAAAUAGUCGAUUACUUGACAAGGUAUUCUUUGUCACUAUGCACUUUGUUUUGCGUUACUGUUCUCCAAGUUGCCUCAAUUAGUGCAUUCUUUUGAUUAUAAUGAGCAAAACAGCCUCAACAAUCGUUGUUUUUCUGAAUUCAUAUCGCCUUUGGCGCUCAUGAUCACUAUCACUUUGUCGUAGUACCACGCGCUUAAAUUGAAGGUCUGCCUCUGCCAAUAGAGGAUACUCAACUUCCACUUACACUUAAUAGUUAUAAUCAUGCCUGUAUCUCCUGCCCUUCGCUACAGUGCCACGGCGCAGAGCAUCGGCUUGGGUUGUGCAAUGGAUUCACUCCUACGAACGACUGAGCAACAGCAAGUGACGGCUCAGGAGAGCGUGAUCCCUCUGUGGGAGGACCCGGCUGAGGGUGGCACUGGACUCUCUUUGCGUUUCCGGGCACCGAUUCCGCUAGACGGCACAACGGUCUACUUCGCCUUUUGUGUGCCCUAUUCGACGCAGGACAUGUGCAUCUUCCUCUCCCGGCUCGAAAGGCAGUUCCUGGCAUAUGAUCGUUAUGAUCUGGUUCUAUGUAUUGGCGUUGAUGAGGAUAGCGCACCUGAGUUUCGUUAAGUAAGGCAAUCUAAUACAUUGGACAGCUUCACAGCGCGAGUCUAUAACUUGUGGGGGGCCUGGGGCUUUUGCCUUCGUGGACGUAUUUGCGAGGUUUUGCGGCUGUACUGGGUCCCAUUCUGCGCCCGUAAAUAAUAUUUUCCGCCACUAUUCUGCUAGACUUCUUUUUGAGCUAGAGGAAAGAAUCAGCGACUCUGUAGCUCAGUUGGCAGAGCACCCGUGCACACAUGCACGCCCCCGGGGGAGCCAUCGCGGUGGUCGAAAGUCGUAGGGCUGCGUCCGUGAUGCAAUGAACCAACUACCUGAAGUGAUUCACGGACGUGGCUCUACAAUCAACUUACAACUCGGGUGGUCGCGGGUUCGAAUCCCGCCGGGGUCGCUAUUGUGGAAUUCGUCUGGUGGUACUUAUCUUUCCUCUAAUGAAUGCGGCGGUAUCGGGCUGCAGCGCGAGAAGCAGUGGCCGACGCGCGCAAAAGACGAGACAGAAGUCGCUCUGGAGGCAAGGACCGACACGAGGUCAAUCUCAAUCCGCAGCUCCCUUUUCUCUUUGCGCCAGAAGAUGACAAGGGACUACUCGAUGACUCGACAACAGCAUCCGCGAUUGAAGCGGCUAGUAGUGCUAGGAGUGCAAUGGGAGGCAACUCAUCGAAUCACGGUGAUGCUUCCGCUAGUUCGUCGUUCAGCGAGACCGAUGACGACUCUUCACAGUACUCCGCUUCGUCAGGAUCUUUAGAUGUUGUCUGCUCCUCCUCAAAAUAUGGCCAGGCGCGAUCCGGCUCCCUAGGGGCGAACUCCAAUCCGAUGAAUUGGGUACCGAGAAAGCUCGUCAGCAGUCGAACAUCAUCAAAAGAAGCAGUAAUAGAACCAAAUGGAGAUCCUCCAGGUACAACUACUUCGUCAUCAACAUCGUCGACUUCGAACAACGGUGGACACGGGGGCAGUAGUACGAAUGAUCCAGGAGGAUCCUUCUACGUUGCAACCGGCUCAACAGGAGGAGAGGAAGCACAAGAAGCAGACGGAACUACAGGCUCAGGACGAGGAACAUCAUCAUCUGCUACACCUGGGGAGCAAAGAAGAGCAGAGAACUCGACGGAUCAUGCUGCGGAGGAGCCUGCAUCUUCAAAUGCAGAGAAAGGAGAUUCAAGUUCAUCUAACCAGAAUGAAAUAAAGAGUGGUGGAUCUUCAUCGUCUUCUUCAUCUUCUCGCGAGAGAGAAGCGACAUCUUCGGACAGGAGCGAUCGCCGGGAGUCGAGGUACCUGUCGAGGUCGGGACUCAACGAUGAGGAGAGUAUUCGCGAGACGGAGGAUGGCGAGCACUUGUUCUACUUUCCGUCGAAACAGCAUCACCGAGGCCUGCCGAUGCCAUCGAAAGGCAGCAACGUCUUUCUGAGGAUAGAAAAGCUGUGCGACUCUCUGCAAGGCAGACCUGUGCAUCUAAUGACGAUUACGGACGACCGCCUGUUUCUGCGCACUGCUCCGGACCCGUCAUCUUCAUCUUCGAGUAGUUCCAGUAGUACUGCCCGUUCGAAAAGCAAAGCGAGGAUGAAUUCAAGCGUAGAUUAAGGCUAGAAGAAGACACUCAGACUCACUUCUAUCUGGUUUGGACUAUGUCACUCAGCCACAGAUACAACAUAGUGAGAGAGUGUCUAGCGUUAAGUAGAAGAGAAGCAGGUGGAAUUCGACCCGCACGAUCCUGCGAAUGAUGCCGCUGUGAAGCAAGCACUGCGGAGUCGGCCAGCGGCGUUUAUCAGUGCCCGCGUGCACCCAGGCGAGACCCCAGGACAGUUUUCGUGGCUGGGCAUGAUAGCUUUCCUCUUGUCCGAUGACGAGCGGGCGGCUAGGUUGCGGCGCAUCUUCGUUUUCUACUGCGUGCCCAUCCUAAACCCAGACGGCGUGGCUCGAGGUCACUACCGGAUGAAUAGUCUUAAGGCUACUUACAACCCUAAUAAAUCCACGUUACAACAAGGCAUCUUACAACAAGGCUCGACAAAGUCGCUUAAUCAGGAUUUGCCUUUUGUUUCUUACUUCUGGAACAAAAGGCAAAUCCUGAUGAAACUCUACAAAGUUAACGCACAACUCCUUGGGGAAGAUCAAGAUGACUACAAAGUGAAAGUAGAUGCACUCGUCCUUAGAGAAGAAGAUCAAGAUGAUGAUUUUGGGUACCACUGAGCAGGUCUAAUAGUCGAGGUGUGAAUUUGAACCGCUUCUACGCGAGACCGGAGGAGGCAGAGCACGAAGCGGUCUAUCACGUAAUGCAAUUCCUGACGAAGGAGGUUAGAGGCAACCUAGUCUACUAUCUCGAUUGCCACGCGCACGCCACACGUCGUGGUAUUUUCCUGUUCGGCAACAACGUAUCGGGGAAGUCACUGUCUCUCGGACAAGAUUUGACCAAGGAACAGACCUGGAACCUGACGUAUGCGCACUUGGUGGCGUUGAAUUCGCCUUACUUCGACAUGGAAGGAUGUGACUUCAAGAUCAAAAACCAAGGCGGAGGAGCUGCCGCGGCUGCGCCACUUGCCGGACCGUUCUUAGCAGGCGGCGCCUCUUCACGGACAACGACGCCACGUGGCAGCGUGGUACCUGGCAGACCCGUUGUAACACCUCCACCUUGUGGAAAAACGGGCACUUCUUCCGGAGUACAACUCCAUCAAGUAGGAGAGCAGACAACGGAAAGAAAAGCUCCUGCCAGCGACGAUGGCGCCAUGAGCGACGGCCCUGACGGCGAAGCAGAUCCCUCCCAGAGCAGAGGCACUGUGGGUCGUGGGCUUCCGCCACCGAUUCUAGGGAAAGAUGGAACCGGCAGAGUUGCCAUGCACAACGAAUUUAAUCUCGUACAUAGCUACACUCUAGAAUGCAACUACAAUAGUGUGAACCCCGCAAGCAGCGUGAAGCGAUGGAACAAUGGAAAGCCUGAGAACGGAUUUGGGCCGGUGCUACUUCUAGUAACUUGGUAUAAGAGGUGGAUGUUGGAGUUUUUAGGAUCCUUUACAACUACGACACCAGAGAUUCUUCGUAGAAGCAAGAGUCGUAUAAAAACAAGGUUUACUAGGUUAAGUUUAAGCAUUAUCCCGCCUAUACUGAAUCUCUCCAUGACGUUCAUGUUCGAGAAGAGAAAAGCCAUGAAAAUUACUUUAGGUAACAUUUUUUUACGACGUAAACGCUUGGGUGCAAGUUGGGGAGUCGCUUGCCAUUUCAAUUUUAGACAUGUACGGCCACAAUUGUCGCUCGCGUGUUUUGAGUCUGCGUCAGCGCUGUCUCUCCGGUUAUUUCUCUGAUCGGUGUCAAGGUAUGCGACGCGAACUUAUGCAUCUUGUGAAUGGACAUCCGACAGCUGCUGUGAAGCAAGUCAUGUGGCCUGCAGAUCAACAAAGUAACGGCGAGCAGUCCUCUGGAGGAAACAACUCAUCUACUUCGAAUACAACAUCGAAAGCAGACAAUAUUAAGGCCGCUGUUGGACCAUCCUCAGCGUCAUCCUUGGCCCUUUUUUCAAGGGGAAAAAGGGGCCAGGGAGGCUCUCAGGGAUGCGAGGGCGGUAGCUCUAACAAUAAGAACGCCUCGACUAAGAAAAAGGGCAAACGCGGAAGCAGUGAAAGUCGCAAGAACGGCGCAAAGACUUCGGACUCUUCAAAUGCGAAAGCGGACCAGUUAGAGACAGCAGAGCCGAUAGGAAAUCCGUUGUAUCGACCACCAGGGCACUACUCAAACCUGUUUUUCGGAAAUCGUUCCCGUGCAGGCUCCAGUGCUUCGUCUUCAUCAGGAACGGCGUCUAGUGGCGUUGCCCCAUCGCAGAAAGCUGCGCCUGCGACCGAUGAUAGAAGCACCACGGCGCCAAGUGACUCGGAUCGCGGCGUCGAAACUAGUACCACUUCAGAGGAAGAGGUGGUCGUGGUUGCGCAAAAUGGGUCCUCUGGAGAAGAGCGCAAGGCUGCCGGAACUGGUAUGAGAUCUAGGAAGGACCAACGGGAUGAAAUUGAUCUCAGAAAUGCUGACAACUCGUCUUCUGCAAGAAGUAGUAGUACUACCCCUGUUGAUCAAACUGGAGGUGGUGCUUCUGCUUCUGCGGGUGUCGGUGUAGUCGCAACUUCUUCUUCCAGUACUACAACAGCCCCUCCUGGCACCAGCGUCGGAGUGGCAGCCUCCACUACGUCUACUUCGACGUCGGCGGCGUCUUCUUCGUCUGCAACUCCAUUUGCAGCACCAGUCGUUGUUCCAAAUGUAGUCGAUACUGCUGAGCUUGCUCCAAGAGCCAUGGGCAAGAUGACACUGAGCAGCUUGCUCGAACGCGAAGCGCCAUGCAGCCAGCAAUGUUGCUACAACAAUGAAUCAAUCUUACGUCAGAUUUGCAUCGCAGCCUCUGCCUCGACCCUGAGGAACGCGAGAACUAAGGCUGGCGGUGGUGGAAAUUCGGGAGGCGGUUCUAGUGGCUCUUCAUCUUCUUCAGGCUCCUCUAGCGCCAACCCGUCUUCGUCCUACGAUGACGAAUUGAUAUUUUCCUCUUUGAUCGAUAUGGGACCAGUUCAGGUGGCAGAAACUGGGAAAAUGCUUCGCGAGUUGCUACCACCAAAUGCGAUGGGAGGUGGUAGCGCAGGCUCGAUUGCUUGGCAGCGUCUCCGCAAGCUGUGCAAUUCGAGAGCAGGACUUUUCAACGUCAAAAAAAGCCACGACGAGAUCACCGGUGUACUGCCUCAAAGUGUCCGUCGCCUGUUUUUAUGGUCAGGUCCGAAAAUACACAGUCUUGUGAAAACUCCAGAUCAUACUCGCAGUUCUUAACGAUAGUGGUCCCCUUUGACUUUGUUGUACUCUUGUUGCUGUUCAUCUAAGGAUUGGCGAUACUCCUGUUGAGGCUGGAGGAAAUCCAGCUACUAAAACUCCUGGAGGUCCCGGCAGCGGCAACAGUAUCAACAAGUCAGGUGGCGGCUCUGGUGCGCCUACUUCACCGACGCGAGGCCGAAACCGUUCUGGCAACGCAAGUCAGGACGACGGCGACGGGGAAGACCCCGCAGAGACUGGCGAUGGCACGUCGAUGUUCUCGUCUUCUGUAGUCGUAGAGCACCGGCGGCGAGCACCGUCGCGCGCUCGUCGAAAGAGCUUUGCCGAGAAAGCACGACGUGAACGAGGCUUGGAACAACUUCAUCAGAUUGAGCAAGCUACAACUGCGCAGCACUCUUCCGCGGACCAAAGUCAACCAGGAGUUGUCCCACCAGGAGGUAUCGGACCGAAUGGCGUGCUUUUAUCGGGCACUUGUAGUAGUGGACAAGCAACUGGUGGGAGCACCAUUUUCAACGCCUUACCCGUGGGACCGAUAAAAAACAACGAGGAAACACUAGUAACGUUGAAAGUCGCACUAGCAUCGCGUUCAAGAAGCGGCAGCGACGCGUCGUCUCGAGCGCUUCCGGGAAGCAGACGAGGUAGCGACUUCGAUGGAGGUAGUUCCUCUUCUAGUACGUCGACCGUUUCCAAAGGCCACCAGAAUAGACUUCCACCUUUGAUGGCAGCGGCAUCUUCGAAUGGUCCAGGAGAUCACCCUCACGGCAGUGUCCCAACCUCCAUCAAGCACGAUGAUCCAAGCACGAUGAGAGCAGAACCAUCCGCUUUGUCAGUGACGAAGGCUAUUCUUAAGGCUUCCCCUAAUCCAUCUCGUGAAGCAUCGUAGCGAGGCGCAAAUCAUCCUCUGUUAUCUUUGGACGAAAUUUUACCCUAGUAAACCGAAGAAUCAACAACAACUGAAACAAAAGGGCGACUGAAAAAUGAAUCUCAAGAUGGAUAAGGGUGAGCUCUAAGAUUCGGAAUAGUUACGCAUGUCUAGAGCAGGACGACCCACCGAUGCAUCUGGAAGUCGUGGUGAAGGCGGCUGCUCCAAGGGGAGCCGUGCUGAGCAGUGGACCGGUGCAAGGGAAGAAAAAGAAGGCUCCCCGCUCGCGCUCGCGUGCCUCAACUGCAAGAAGUGUGUCCUCACGAUCAAAAAAAGGAGAGGGCAAAGAUGAACAGCGACUAUAG